GCAGCGGUUGGAGAUAAGAUAGACAGCUUCUGGACAAGACAACAACCUAUAUAUCUAAUAUGCAACGGCCUUCAGCAACUACCUAGAUAUGAGGCUCCUGUUGCUCUGCCUGUGGCUCUCUGGGGCGUUGGCCGGGCCCUCCCUCCGGCCCACCUUCCGCCGCGGCCUCAACCGCAUCGUCGGAGGCACGGAGGCGGCGCCGGGAGAGAUCCCUUAUCAGCUGAGCUUCCAGGAUAUCUCCUACGACGAGGUGUUCCACUUCUGCGGCGCCUCCAUCUAUAAUGAGAACUGGGGUAUCUGCGCCGGGCACUGCGUCAGCGGGGAGGACUGGGACAACCCGGAUUACUUGCAGGUCGUGGCCGGCGAGCACAACCUGAAGGUCGACGAGGGCACCGAGCAGACCCGCAUCCUGUCCAAGAUCAUCCGCCACGAUGACUUCAACGGCCCGUGGCUCUACAACGACAUCUCGCUCCUGCAGUUCUCCUCUCCCCUGACCUUCGACGACUACGUGCAGCCCAUCCCCAUCGCGGAGCAGGGGCACACGGCCACCGGGGACUGCGUGGUGUCGGGCUGGGGCACCACCGUGGAGGGCGGCUACUCCCCGGACGUGCUGCAGAAGGUGACGGUGCCCAUCGUGCCGGACGAGGAGUGCGCGCAGCACUUGCUCAUCGAGAACUUCAUGAUCUGCGCCGGGUAUCCUGACGGAGGGAGUGACGCCUGCCAGGGUGACUCCGGAGGGCCCCUCGUGUGCAAGGACACCGGCUCGCCCUACCUCGCCGGCAUCGUGUCCUGGGGCUACGGCUGCGCGCGCCCCGAGACACCCGGCGUCUACACGGAGGUGUCUUACUUCAGCGACUGGAUAAAGAUGCACACAGGAACUUAAGACCGCCCCUUCGCCUUCCUCAUCUCCCUCCCCUUCCCUCUCCUUCCACUUCCCCUCUGCCAUCCCCUCCCUCUUCUCUCCCCCUGUCCCUCCCUCUUCUCUCCCCCUGUCCCUCCCUCAAGUUCUUGAUUGUCCCUUCUCCUCCUUAACCCCCUCCUCUAUUCCUCUCCCUCAACGAGACAGAAAUACCAUUACUACAAGUUGAACAAUCAGUAAUACCAGUAAAGAAUACCACCCAAAAAAUACCAGUAUAUUCCUCAUCUUGACAUAAAUACCAGCCACUAUACCGGACGACCCCGCCUUCCUUUUCUUCGAAACCCUCUUCUUGAAUCGGGCAGAGAUCAUACCCCGUGCUCUUUCUUACCUAAUUACUUACUCACGACUUCCCCAAACGUGUCUUUUGUCUCUCGGGACAAAGAGGGGGGGGGGGCAAGGGAGUGAGGGGAAGAAAGGGUAGGGGGCGAAAGAGGCAGGGGAUGAGAGCAGGGGUAAGGGGCAGGAGGAAGGGGAUAUACAGUUACCACCUCUCGUAACCUUACAGUCGAGUCAACACUGUAAGCCUUUUGAACUGUGACCCUUUGUUCCCGGAAACCUUGGUCCAUGAACUGUAUGAAUAAAGGGACAUUGUCUCCUCCUUCCAAUGUCUUACAAAAGCCCUCAUUCUAUAGAACCUCGACUCCUCCCCCACAUACACAAAAAAUAUAUAUAUCAUUUUGCAUUA